CGCCGCGCACCCUCCAUUAGUCUCGCCCGCGCUGUCUCUAAAAUCCACCCGUCCCCCACCUCCUCGGCGCCUCGCGUCCUUUCCCCCUCCGCAAGAAAGAAACGAAGCAAACUCUCCGCCGCCUCCGUUCUUCCGCACCACCCAAAGCUCUCGCCGACCACAGCCUCGGUCCCCGCGCCUCCUUCCGCAGUCAUGUACCGCGCGGCCGCUAGCCUCGCCUCCAAGGCGCGGCAAGCCGGGAGCAGCGCCGCCGCUCGCCAGGUUGGAAGCAGGCUUGCCUGGAGCAGGAACUAUGCUGCCAAGGACAUCAAGUUUGGUGUUGAGGCCCGUGCUCUGAUGUUGAGGGGUGUUGAGGAGUUGGCUGAUGCGGUCAAAGUGACAAUGGGUCCUAAGGGGCGCAAUGUGGUUAUUGAGCAAAGCUUUGGUGCCCCUAAAGUCACAAAGGAUGGUGUGACUGUUGCAAAGAGCAUUGAAUUUAAGGAUAGAGUAAAGAAUGUUGGUGCAAGCCUUGUGAAACAGGUUGCUAAUGCAACUAAUGACACUGCUGGUGAUGGUACCACAUGUGCCACUGUUUUGACAAAAGCAAUAUUUACUGAGGGCUGCAAAUCUGUCGCGGCUGGAAUGAAUGCAAUGGAUUUAAGGCGUGGAAUCUCAAUGGCUGUUGAUGCUGUUGUGACCAAUCUUAAGAACAUGGCCAGAAUGAUCAGCACUUCAGAAGAAAUUGCACAGGUAUAUCUGCAAGAAUUUAUUUUGUUCUUAUCAUGUCCAUCCCUUCUCUCUCUCUCUCAAUUCUUUCUUUAUAUUGUAAAGGUGGGUACAAUAUCAGCAAAUGGGGAAAGAGAAAUUGGUGAGCUUAUUGCAAAGGCUAUGGAGAAGGUUGGCAAAGAGGGUGUGAUCACUAUUGCGGACGGUAACACGCUUUAUAAUGAGCUUGAAGUUGUGGAGGGUAUGAAACUUGACAGAGGUUACAUCUCUCCGUACUUCAUUACAAACUCAAAAACCCAGAAAUGUGAAUUGGACGACCCAUUGAUCUUAAUUCAUGACAAGAAGGUUACGAACAUGCAUGCUGUGGUUAAGGUUUUAGAAUUGGCUCUAAAGAAACAAAAGCCUUUACUGAUUGUUGCAGAAGAUGUGGAAAGCGAAGCAUUGGGCACUCUGAUUAUUAACAAGCUUCGUGCAGGCAUCAAGGUCUGCGCUGUCAAAGCUCCUGGUUUUGGAGAAAACAGGAAGGCAAACUUACAGGACCUCGCUAUCCUUACUGGAGGAGAGGUAAUAACUGAAGAGCUAGGAAUGAACCUUGAGAAUGUUGAACCUCACAUGCUGGGUACAUGCAAAAAGGUGACCGUCUCUAAGGAUGACACUGUUAUUCUUGAUGGAUCUGGAGACAAGAAAUCUAUUGAAGAGAGGGCAGAGCAGAUUAGAUCGGCAAUUGAGAAUAGCACUUCAGAUUAUGACAAGGAAAAGCUCCAGGAGCGGUUGGCAAAGCUCUCUGGAGGUGUUGCUGUACUGAAGAUUGGAGGAGCCAGCGAAGCAGAAGUUGGUGAGAAGAAGGAUAGAGUCACAGAUGCACUGAAUGCUACAAAAGCUGCCGUUGAAGAGGGUAUUGUACCAGGUGGUGGUGUUGCUCUUCUCUAUGCAUCCAAGGAGCUUGAUAAAUUGCAGACAGCAAACUUUGAUCAGAAGAUUGGUGUGCAAAUCAUUCAGAAUGCUUUGAAGACACCUGUACACACCAUUGCCUCCAAUGCUGGGGUGGAGGGAGCAGUAGUUGUGGGCAAGCUUUUGGAGCAAGAAAAUACUGACCUGGGUUAUGAUGCUGCUAAAGGUGAAUACGUUGACAUGGUGAAGGCUGGUAUCAUUGACCCGCUAAAGGUGAUCAGAACUGCUUUGGUGGAUGCUGCUAGCGUGUCGUCCCUGAUGACCACCACGGAAUCCAUAAUUGUAGAGAUCCCCAAGGAAGAGGCGCCGGCUCCAGCAAUGGGUGGUGGCAUGGGUGGAAUGGAUUACUAAGACAUCACACCCAUGAUACACAUCAAAGCAGGGACUUUUUUUUUCCGUUUUUGGCGGUGCAAGUUCAUCUUUACUGUAUUUUGGUCGAUGAUGAGUUGGUUGUCAGGCGGAUACAAUUUUGAGUCUGCGGACGUAGGACCUCUCAAUAGCUCCAAACGGAGCUAUAGUGUGGGAAUAAUAAAUAUAUGAACAGUAGGUUCUUUGAGAUCUGAAGCUGUAGAUCAAGAUUGGAUUCAGACACCUUGUGCCGAACAAACAGUAGUCUGAUUAUUACAUUUUUUGGCUGAGGUAAAAUCAGAUUGCCGUUC